GUGUUUUUUAUUUAUUAGUUAUGAACUUGUAACAGUCAGUUAUUAUAAGUUAUUUUUUUUACCAUAGUAACUGGAAGCUGAUUUAAUUGCAGCUAUGUCAAGAGUGCUAAUCAUUCGACAUUUACCUGAAACACUAUCUUUUAAAGAUAAGGAACAUCUUCUGAUGCAUUUUGGAGCCCUACAUGUUUGGGAAACCCCUAAAAAGCGUAAUUAUAUAUUUGCGUCGUUCGCUAGUAUAGAAAAAGCAAAAGAAUCUUUAUUUAGAUUACAUCAGCUUGAAAUCGCGCAAAGACGUUUAAUAGUAGAAUAUUCUUUUGAAAAGGAACCGGUCAAUCAAAACAAAAAUAAAGAAGAGAUAACUUCCAUUACCACUAAACAUGUAAAAGAAUUUUUAAAACUUCUCAACGCUUGGAACCCCUCCGUGAAUUUCUACCAGCCUGCACCAGUACAUGUUAAAUACAAAUAUCCUGAUGUAGAUCCUAAGAUCGUAGUAAAUAUUGUCUAUAGUUUAUUUACACAUAAACCAUUUUAUAUACAAUCCCUACAUCUUAUGAACAAAAUGUCACUUGAUACACCAUUUGUUGAAAAUGAAAAAGCUUUGUUGUUUUUUAAAGAUACUUUUAAACAAUACUUUCCUGAUCCCCCUACUGUACAGCUACCUGCGGUGCCCAGUGAACCUGAGUCAGAAAUAUCAAGUGAUGAGACUGAACAAAAUAAAGAAAUAGUUUCAAAAUUACCAAGACGUAGAAUACAUACUUUGCCUGUUACAAGAAAGAGACCAGCUGCUGUUUUGUCUGCAGCAACUAUACCAAAAGCAAAGAAACCAAUUAUAAACCAGGAAGAAGUUUUUGAAACUGUAACACCAGCUCUUGAAGCUAAGAAAAUAUCAGUAAUAGUUCCACAAGAUGCCUUGACAAAGCAGACCGAAGAACCAGAAGUGAUAGGUGAACUUGGCAAAUUUGAGAGAGAACUUCAGGAAACACAGGAGGAACAACCACUGGUAGAACAAGAACAACCAACAAUAAGCCGAAGUCAAUUAGUACGAAACAGAAUUUCAUAUAGAGAUAUGAAAGUAUUACCCGUUUUUAAAAAUUAUCAUCCCGGCCAGCCAUCAAUGAGGUUGUAUAUAAAAAAUUUAGCUAAAACAGUCACUGAGCAGGAUGUUACAAGAAUUUAUAGACGCUAUAUAGAAAAUCUUCCUGAAGAUAAAAAAAUUGGUUUUGAUGUUCGGGUGAUGCAAGAGGGCAGAAUGAAAGGACAAGCUUUUGUCACUUUCCCGUCUGUUAGGAUAGCUGAAAUUGCAUUGACUGAGACAAAUGGUUUUAUGCUUAAGGAGAAACCUAUGGUGGUGCAAUUUGCUAGAGCUGCUAAUAAAAAAUCUAUUGAUUAAAUACUUGUAUCUUAU